AUGAAUGCGACAGUCAUCGUACCAGUCCCUAUUACUCAACCCAGUGUCAUUGUACUCGGGUACGAUGCCAUCCGAAUCCAGUUUAUCAACUUUUUAUUCCCAUAUCAACAACUAUCAAACCAAUAUGUAGCAGUUGUCAUGGAAGACAUCAACGGCAUAUCCUACAACACAAACUAUGUGUACAAGCUCGGGCAAAAUGUCACUAUCACAGGACUCAGUGCCAACUUUACCGGACGUUGUCAAAUCAGUGCUCAUGGAACUGACCUUGUCAACGGGUUACUAGGCCCUCAAAUAACAACCCCCCAUUUUAAUAUUCCUGCUUAUCCAAAGAUUGCAGCGAUAAAGAGAAGUGUAACAACUACAAUGAUGAAUUUAUCGUAUACGACAAUUGGAGGAUUCGAUAAUUUGAAUGUUUAUCAAAUUGUUACAUCGAUUACACCGUCUGAGACAAUCACACAUUAUCAAUGCAACUAUACGACAACAUGUAUUAUUGAUGGGUUUGCACCUGGUUCGAUUGUCAGUCUCACGGUUGGGGUGACUAAUUUCGGUAAGACCAAUUUAUUUGGUCCGUAUCCCGUUGAACUGUUGCUGCCCAUUACCAAUCUAGUAAUGUCCCGUCAAGCAGUGUCUGGAGGCAUUUCAUAUCAAUUCUCGGUUGUUGGAAUGGGGUCUGGACCAACCACCUAUUCACUCAACAUACACAACGACCAACUACUCAACACAACCACAUACACCGCCUUGCCACUCACUAAUAUCAUAACUGUUAAACUAUACCAACCUGGUAACUACACAAUUAUCGGGUUUGCCAAUAACGAUGGAACUAGAUUAGAAGUAGGUCCAAUCAAUAUUUAUUAUCAAGGAGAUAUAAAGAUUGAUAAAGUAAAUUUUGAUAAAGUUGGUAUUGACGUUUUUAGUGGGUCAAUUUAUGCAAGCAAUAUUAAUAAUGUAUCAAAUAGUAGAGUCGUGUUACAACCUCUUAACGAAUGGAUAUCUCUCAACUUUUCGAUUGGACCUUUGCAACCAGCCACUCGAUAUAAUUUGACGGUACAGAUUUUCGAAGACUUUCGUGUCUCUAACAUCUUGCCAUUCAGUUUUGUCACAUAUCCACGAGUCUCUUUGUUGUCACCAAAAGCAACUCAACGUAAAGAUGAGUAUGGUACCGCCACUUUACAAAUCGAAGCCUUUUCAGAGGGUGGUAUUCCAAACUCGUCAUUAUACCUUUUCACCAUCACAGAAUUCCCUUUUACAUCGACCGUGCCACCACAAGCCAACACGGUCCUCGGAUAUAAUAUUACUUAUCCAAGUGGUCCAUACCAGGUUCAAGUCAUGGUUCAAAAUGACGUUUCAGUUGACAAUCGAGUAUAUUCUUUUACUCUUUAUAAUUUUCCAUCAAUUGAUUUGGUAAAUGUUAGUAGGGAUUAUGAAACCAUUGGAUUGAAAUGGAAUAGUAGUGGUGGAAUGCCUGGUAACAUACAAUAUUCAGUAACAUUAUUUUAUCCUUAUCAAGGAGGAGGAAUAAGUGGUGGUGUAGAAUGGUGUAGUGGUCCUAAUAUUACAGAGUGUCUUGUGACUGGUUUGACAUCAAAUACUCUUUACGGGUUCAAUAUUACAAUGUAUUCUACUCAAUUUGAUCCAUUCACUUUGACAUUAUUUAAUUCAACUUUAACAUAUCCAAAUAAUUUAACUUGUAUUGAUAAGAAUGGAGUUAAUAAUACAGUUGAUUGUAAUGGAUUUGGUCAGUGUAUAAAUGGUACAUGUUUAUGUGAUAAAAAUAGAAUUGGUAUUUAUUGUCAAAAUCAAACGACCGAUCAAGGUGGGAAUGGUGGUAAUGGAACUAAUGUCGAUCCAAACCCAUCAAACCCAGAGGUGAUAAUCAACAACAAAAACAUAUUUUAUGAAUUUGUAAUCUCUCAAAUCAAAGAGGUUGAUAUUGACGACAACAUUGUAAAGAUAUUGGAUUUGACAACACUCAACUGGACAAUGACAAAUUCAACAUCAAUCUACAACACUUCAUUUAUUCAAAGUAAUUGGAUUUACAUGACCUCGAAUAAUAGUUAUUUCAAUUCAGUCAAUAUCACCUUUUUACAAUUUAAAUCAACAACAGACAGCCAAUCACAAUCAAAGAUACCAUUGACAUUUGCAGGUCAAUUAUUUUAUCUUGAUGUUGGGUCGAUGAAAUAUACGAUUGAUAUUGAAGGUUGGAAUUUUGAUGGUAGAUUAAAUACUCUUGAAUUAAUAACCAAUAUUACACAACCACAACUAAAUGAUGGAUGUGGAGAAUUGGAUAUUGAUUUUAAUAAUAACAUUGUCACCAAUUCAACAGAAUUUACAUCAGUCUAUGUUGGAGACGAUCAGUUUGUCGUUGGUAAAUUAAUCAAUCGUGCAUUAUUGGAUGAUAUACCCAGAAAGAUAUCAUAUAAAGUACAACUAUCAACUGAUAAUAAUAAUAAUAAUAAUGAUAAACCAAAACAAAUACUCAGUAUCAUUACACUCAUUCCCAACUUUAACAACAAAGCAACUCUCGACCCACAAUUUGACCUUUUAAUCAAUUCAGACCCAGAGGGCGACUGCUCGUCCAAAUCGAACACGUGGAAGAUUAUUGUAGGCGUUGUUAUUGGUGGUGUGGUUGCAAUUGCAAUUGCAUCAACUUCUAUCAUAUUAUACAAAAAGAAAUCAGCUGCAAAGGUUUAUAACGCUAAAUUAAAAAGAAUAUCAGAUCAACAAUUAUACAACACUACACUCAUCCCACAACACCGUGAUUACCAUGUAGCUGGAUUCUACCAAGCCCAAUUAUUCCAAUUUAUACCCAACAAGUUGUUAUUGACUCGUUUACGUAUCGAUGACUUUCUCUAUCCAUUUCAACAUAUUCUUCAAGGUAGUGAUGAUAGAAUAGUUGCUGUCGACUCAUCAAAUAACAACAACAGUGAUGAGGUACAAUCUACACUUCCACAAUUUCCAAACUUAACUUCACUCUAUAUCAACAAUCUACAUCCGACUAUUGAUCAUAAAGAACCACGUCUACAUGUCAGUCAGAUGUUUGAACAGAUUCAAACGACGUUGAAACAACUCACCUUUCUAGCCAUCAGAUCGAUUAAAUUUAUCGAUCCACAGGAUCUAGUCACUGCCAUUGAUUCACUACCCGUCCUCUCCCACUUUAAAUUCUCCAUCACUCCACUUCUAGACAGUACACCCAGUUCAAUGAGUACAUUCAACGAUCGUAUCCUCGCGUCACACUCUGUCUCCAUCCCAUUACUCGAGUAUCUAGAGUCCAACCACACCAUCAAACGGUUCUCAUAUAGUCUCGAGCAAGACAUUGAACCAUCCAGAAUCACCGAUGACAAUGAAAGAACAACACCACUCAUUGAUUAUCCCCAAGACCAACUAAAUCAACUUGACCAAAAAAUCAUUCAAAUUCAAUGUAGUAUUAAAAGUUUAUCUAUCCUCCUCAUCCUCAUCCUCUUCAUCAUCUCUACCAACAAUAAUACUAAUAAUAAUAAUAAUACUAAUAAUAAUGUACAAUUUAAUUUAACAAAUCAAGAAUUUAUUGAAUCACUAGUUAAUUCAAACAAUAUUGGAUUGAAAUCAAAAUUAUCAAUUUUAAAGAUUGAUAAAUGUUUAUCAACCUUUAAAGAUUUCAACAACAACAACAACAUUAAUAAUAUUAAUAAUAAUAGUGUACAAAUAGUAUCAAAGAAAAAAGUACACAAAUUCAAUGAUGCAUUUAAAUUGGAAAUGAAUACAAGGAUAAAAGAAAGUAUUAAUGAAUUAAGAGAUAGACAAAUAACCUAUUAUAGAAAAGCAAUUAAAGCUUAUUAA